GUCUUUCAUUGUACUUCCAAUUGCCACGUCACACAUUUGGCCAAUGUCAGCAGAUUUUGUUUCCANAACUCCUGGAAUUUGGCUGCAUUGAUUCAACUGACAGCGUUGGCUGCCACAGCUUCUAUUGAGCUCAUAAUACGCCUCUAUCUGGCGCCUCCAAUGCUGCGGCUAAUGCACGAAAAAUAUCGAAUUGAAGGUGCUAUCGGCAGUGGACGGGAAGUGGGCUCCCUCGAGCAGGGUGAUCUCAUCAGUUGUCCACACUAUCAACGUAUCCACAAAACCUUUCGUCGCAUCCAUAUGACAAUAGCCAUGGGCAAUAUGACUGUGCUGUUGGCUACAUGCCUUCAUUUAUAUUUUCUCGCAUCGAAAAUACAAAUCAGCUAAGGUAGUAGAAAGUGGACUAUGCUAUGCUACAUAUGCAUAUGGGACGAGGAUAUAUCCCCAAAAAAAAAA